CGAAGUUGGUGCUCCUCAUUCUACACAGCUCUACAAUUCAUUAAGUUGCAACUUGUACUCUGGAUUGAUUUUGCCUUAUCUGAGUUGCAUUAUUCCAAUACUCAUUAUACUCACUAUUGAACUUUGAUAUUUUUCCUUCUACUUGGAUCAAGAUGAACAAAUUCAUGUGGGGAUGUGUGGCUCUGGUGGGACUCUUUGUUGUGGCCGAGUCCCUGAAUUGCAACACAUGUUCUGUGGGGGUUGGCAGCAUUUGUCUUAUUGGUUCAAGCAAAACAUGUAGCACCUCCGAGCCCAACUGCUACACCGGACAAGCAGUGUUCAACGUCUCUAGCAUCCUGGGUAUCAAGAUCAAGGGUUGCCUGGCCACAGCUUCCUGCAACACCACAUCCACUGGUAGCAUUCUGACAGCCGGCUACACCGUCUCGCAGACCUGCUGCAGCACCAACCUGUGCAACGGGGCCGGAGCCAUCCAACUCCCUCUCAUUGUGGCCAUUGGCGCCGCCCUGGUGGCCAUCUGGAGCACUGUCACUUAAACAAACCCUUCACAAUAAGGAGACCUCCUCCAUAGGUUUCCAUUGAAGGGUGUUGUAGGUUGUAGUUCUUAAAAAACACAAUGUACUGAAACUGGGUUUAUUCUGGAAAAGACUGCAAUGUUUAUUCAGACUAGUUUCACUAAACCUUCUAAGUACCAACUCAAACUGGUUUUACCACUAUGCUAAACAACAUUCUACUAUAGAAUCGUAAUGAACAGUUCAAUCAAUGUCACUGUCUUUAUAUUGAGAACAUCUGUUUGACAUAAGCACUUUUUAAUGGCAUUACUUCUCAAUCACGUCACUAUCAAUUAUCAUUAUCUAGCAAGUUUUCGUUUUCCCCAUUGAGUAUGUUACAUACACUCUGUACUCUUUUAUAAAGAUAACCUUCCUAUGUAUUCUAUGUACAAUAAAUAAACAUACUACAUACUACACUUUCAAAAAUAUAUACUACUACGAGACACUACAUUAUGUCUGUGUGUAAAAUGGUUGAACAAAUAAUCAAAUAAAGAAAAACAAAUGUAACUCA